CGGAAACAAAAUUUUUCACCCCUUGUCACACCGAGAAGAAUCUGGCUGAGAUACGAUACUGUUUGGGACGAUAAUAUACAUCGAUCGAUAAUACUCCAAACUUCAAAACUGUCGGGAGGGGGAAAAAAUGCCGCGCAAUUUGUCGGAGGCCGACAGGAAGAAGAAUCAGUUCGAUAAGGAGGAGAGGGUCCAUUUAUUGGCCAUAAUGAAGCAGUACGCCCCCCUGCUUGACAAGAGCGCGUCAACGUUGACACGUAAAAAGAUUUGGACGACGAUCGAGGACGAGUUCAAGAAGGCGGGAUUCACCCGAAAGACGUCCGCGCAAUUGAAGAAAUAUUGGCAGAACUACAAGUAUCAUUGCAAGAAGGCGACAGCGUUCAGAAAGGAAAAUAAAAAGUACAUAGAGUCGGAGGUGGCCGAGCCGCUCGAGUGGAAUCGAUACCAGGUUUUCGUAGAGAACCGUUCCCCGGCCAAAUUUUCGGACGUUCCCGGUGUGGUUCGAUCGUUGAACGAUCGCCCAUCGAAAUCCCCGAUUGAAUCAGGGUGCCGUUUCGGUGAAACGUACGAGGACGAUAAAGAGUCAUCUAGGAAAUUGAACACGUCGGAUGCUUUCAUUGAUCUGUCCCGGGUGAAAAUGGAACGGAGCGACGAUGGGACGGCUUCGAUCGAUUGCAAGAUGGAGGAGGCGAAUAAUUUAGAGAGUGCAAACGUGGAGGAGGAUUGUUUGGAGGAGAAGAAAGAGAUCUUCGUGAACGAGAGUCGCCUGCUUCCGCCCUCGUCCUCCUCCUCCUCGUCGUCCUCGGCCAACACCACCGAUUGCAAAACUACGUCGAAUCGUAUCGUUGUCUCCAACGCACAGAUUUCGAACAACAGCGUUACCGUGUCCGUGAUAUAUCCCGAGAACAAUAACGCCUACCUUCCCACGAGCACGGUGGAGGGAACGCUCGAAGUGCAUUCCAAGUGCGGUGGGACAAUGUCCGCGAGAAGGACAGGUAUACAACACCCUUUAUUCGCACCGAUGAUAUUUCAAACAAAGGAACGAACUUGCUCUCUCGAAUUUUUUUACCAUCUCAAAAAUAUCUUUCUUCGUUUCAUCCUGCUAAAUAUCUUUCUUUUUAUCGUUUUUAACGUUCGGUUAUUACAUUAUGAGGGUCUUUGGACUGGUCAAUUCUUGAGGCAAAGAUACAAAAAAACGUAUAAAAAUGUCGAUUUAGGUUUAUUUAUAAGAGAGGGAAUUAAUGCGAAUCUUAUUGCGAAUUUCGGUAUAGUACUUAUUUUUUAUAUUUUGGCAGACGCUCUAUGGAACGAGAGGUCGCAGAAAUCCACUUGCACAAAUUCGGCAAAAGUGCACGGUACAAACGCUGCCCACGUGACAGGAUUCGGUUAUCGCGAUGUAAUGGAGCGCAAUGGGGAUCGUGUGCGUUUAAACGAAAACAGCGAGGAAUGCGAUUCGUUCGAGUGUAACGCGAACGACGAGAAACAGAUCGGGGAAUUCCCAAAGGAGGAUUUCGUUGCGACAGAGAGCGACGAGAACGAGGGGGGCGCGGUUAAAGCAAGAAACUCUGGACCUAGGAACGAUCGUUUUGAAUCAAGGGGCUACGUCUUUCUAACGGAUUAUCGUAAUCGGCUGAAGCAUAGGUUGCUCUUGCAGCAGCUGGAAACAGAGGAGAAACGGUUGAAAAUAAAGAUUGCCGAGAUGGCGAUCCAAGAGGUGCAGCUGAGGAUAAAAGCAUUGAGCGAGGACAUGCGACGGACCGAGGAAUUGCACCGAUUGCACUUGGUGCGCGCAGCGGCCGGGGAUGCAAGCGUUCGGGUGGGCGAGUUUCCGAACAAUUCCUGAAAAGAAAAAGAAAAGAGCGAGGAAAGACGAUGGAGGAGAAGAAGGGGGACACGCGUUCACGUGUGCUUCAAAUUAUUUUUAUUAAUCACCAUCAUUAUCGUGUGUCAACGAUGUCGUCGUUAUUUUAGAAAAAACGCAUGGGACCAUACAAAAUAACAAUGCGCUUAGAUUUCGGUAACCGAGCAACGUUAUUUUUUUUUUUUUUUUUUACAAUCGCGAUAUUCUUCUCGCUUCGCCUGUUUUUUCCGUCAUCCGUCGUUAAUUAUUUAAUUCGAGAGAUCGAGACGGCACACACCGUCGGGAAUAAUUAGAGAACGGUUAAGAUGACAAGAUCAAUUACAUUAUUAUUAUUAUUUGCUUCUUUCGAUCCGUUAAUCUCUCUGCCUCGCCUAUAUAUAUAAUAUUUCUCUACUCACCGCAGUCGCGAUCAUCUCAAAAGCCGUCCAUUUUAUCUGCCAAUCUUGCCCGUUCGUUCCCUGCUCUCAUCAACUGCUUGUAACUAGCGAUUUUCCUUGUAUUUAGUGAUUGUUAAUAAUUAUCACAGAAAGUUCGUAAAACAAUGAUCUUUGAGUUACAUGUUGAUUCGUGUAGCCUCGUUUUGUAAGUAAGUUCGUUUUUUUUCUUCUUCUUCUUUUUGCGUGUAAGUAUAUACGCGAGUGUGGGUGUCUCUUCUGUUUGUUUCCUGUGUGUAUCAUGUGUAAGUAACGUAUACGUGUAGCGUGUAUCUAUCGAAAAUCGUCUCUUUUUUUUUCGCUAUCUUUCUUUCGCGUGUUUUCCUCGGUUUUUUCUCUCUUUCUUCGUUUUUUUCCCCCCUCCCCGUUCCCUUUUUUUCGAGAGAGUUUUACCGUACGCGUCCUAGACGGAAAAGUUUGUCACGUUGCUGUAAGUAGAGUAACAAUAGAUUAGCGUUUAGUAUAUAACUAACGGUAAUAGCGAUACGAGUAUAACGGCACGCAUUGGAAUAGCCCCUUUAACUUUGCAGCAUUUAAAAAUAUUAAGUGUUAACGCUAUAGUAGAAUAGUUUGUUUCAAUCAUAAAGGAGAGAAGAAGUUGAUUUUCUUAUUUAUGGGAUCGUCGGUACGCUGAGCGAGUGAGAGAAAGAGAGAGAGAGAGUGGAAGAGACGGGGACAAAGAGCAGAGACAAAAAAAGGGACCGAUCGAUAGUCAAAGAAACGCUCGGGAUCAUUUUCAUCUUUUUCAUAUAAGUGCUGUUUUCUCUCUCGUAGAGAAAAUUCCAUUUUUCCGUUUCGAUGGAAAAAAUUCGUGUCGUUUCCCAAACCAAGGGCAGAACGUUGUAAACCUUAUAAAGCCGUUUUGAUUGUCGCGAUUAUGUUGCCCGUCGAAUGGAAUUCGAACUCGAUAUCCCUUUUUUUUUUAUCACGCAUGACCAGAUUUCCUUUUCAUUGCGUUUCCAAACAUUAAUGUCAAACGUUUUUCUCCAAAAGAAGAGGAAGAACGUUUUGAUAGAGAUCGGUUUUUUUAAAAAAAAAUCUCUUUUUCUCUCUUCUCGAUGUCCUAUCUAUUAAUUUGAUAAAAUAGAAACAAAACUAUUGGGUUGCGCACGAACGUGUCGGGAUUCCGAAACUAGCCGAACGCAUACGAACGUAUCCGAGUGGAAUACGAACGUAAUUUAAUGCAAUAUGCACAGAGCUUCCGAGUCGUUAAACGCGCGAAAGUACAUAUCAGGAACAACGUGCAAACUUUAUUUUUUCUUUCCUUUUCUUUUCUAUUCUCUCUCGCUCUUUCUCUCUCUCUUUCUUUCUCUAUGCCCCACUCUUUUCUCAUUUUUGCUCUCUCUGACGAUCUACCACUUGUCUCGUACCAUUGGCAAGUCAAAGAGAGGAGAUUGUAGCUCGACGAAGCUCCACUACGAGAGAAUUUUUACACGGAAAGCAGCUAGAAAUUUCUCAUCUAAGCGGAAAAUUUUCAUUUCUUAUCGUUUAUUAAUCACCAUGAAAAUGUAAAAAUUACUUAAUUAAGUCAAUUCUCAGUCCGUGAUUCGCUGGUAUACGAACGAAUAUAAUUUAUAAUCCGAUUUGUCUCGAUCGUAUCGAGCUGCUUUUUCAUUUGCACGCGGCUUCGACUAAUCGAUAACGAAUUAUCGGUAAAUUCAGGUGAAUCGGUGAUUCUUAUUAUCUCGAAACGAUCAUCCAGCUGGAUAUUAUUUCUUGCAACUAUAAUAUACAAAGUUGAAAUAGAAGUUGAAAUGAAUAUGAAAGUAAUUGGAAAUUGUAUUUCUAAAUUCAAAAAUAAGUUUUUAAUGUGUACAAAUUAUACGAACGAUGAGAUAUCAAUUAAUUCGAUAGACUCUUAAAUUACGAAGUCGAGAAGGUUAAGAAUCUCCGAUAAAGAAAAUCUGUACUUGGCAUCUAAUCGAUACGAAUAACGACGAUAUUCUGAUAUAAUGAAAAAACGAUACGGAUAAAUAAACAUAAAUAUUUAAGUGUUCCGUAAAAGUUAAAUUAUUACAAACAUUUUCGAAUCAUUGUGUUGUAUAGGUUAACUUCACAAUCAUCGAAUAUAUUCCAUCUUGCAUUUCAAAAAACGUAAUUGAAAUUUUUAUCAUUUUUAUCAUUGUGUUUCUUACAAACACAUAGAACUUCCAUUUGUAAUGGAAUUAUUUUACACGUUCCAAUAGAAUGGCUGUAAUUCCAGAAAAACCAACAAUUUUAUCCUCGCAAGAUCCUUGUAAAAUAUACUUUGAAACUAAAUUCAAUAAUCGUAAAAAGUUAAAGUUCAAAUAUUUAUAUCAAUACGUCUCAGAGAGAUAAAGAAAUGCUAUAGGUGGAAUAUUUUCGUUUCAAAGAGACUUUAAAUAUAUCCUCGAGAAAAUUACAUACUUCUCAAAAUUUAUCGAUAAAGCAACGAGUCAAAAAUAUCAAUGAAAAUUGAAAAUUGAAUUUAUUCGAAUAAACUGAGAAUACUCAUCGUCGUAAACUCGUGAUCGACGAGUUGGUACAAUCACCUGGUUAUCAUCGCACUCUAUCCUUCGAAGUGAUCGCCUCUUCUUAGGCGGAUAUCGAUGGAUUUUUAAAAUUCAUUCGCCAAAAUUUCGUAAUCAUCAGCGUCUAACAAAGUUCUUCGAUUAUUGCUACUGUUUGACAACGAUCGAUCGAGUAAUUCGACAACAAGUAAUUCGUUCUCUCGCGUCCCUCUUUGUCUGUAUACGACAAACACGCCACUCGAAGUUAUUAAAUUCCGAGAAAUUAGUAAUUCGCGCAACGAAUUACGAUAAACGACUCGAGACGUGACGACGACUAUUUUUUGCGCAUGUCAUCGCGAGUCGUUUUUUCGAUUUUUUUUCGAAAAAAAAGCGCGUGCUCGACGCGUUGCCGAACGUAGCACGCAUACAGGUAUAUAUAUCAAACAUUUUGUGUCGCACGCGCGAAUCCAUAUUUUCUACGUCUACGCGUCUUUCUGUUAAAAAUGUAACCCGUUACCUUCGUUGCACCGUACGAUCACGGCGCAGAAAAACUUUUUCGAUUUGACAAGGAACAAGAGUAAAUUCUAAUUCUAUCUAAGAUCGUUUAAAGUUUCUUUCUCGCUACGGAUCGCAAGAUAGAUCAAAAGUUUUUUAUUACGUUCUAAUUGAGAAUGACUUUGUUGUACGAACGACAAAGGAGAAAUAUUUAUCUUUUUUUUUUUUUUUUUUGAAAACCUCUUCGAAUUUUUGCGAACGAUGGAAAUUAAUUGACGAAAAGAAGAAAAAAAUGUGUCAAAUAUUUUCCGUGUUGAUUUGUUGGAGAGAUAUACAUAUUUACUUUGUGUCAGAUUAUGUCAGGAUGCAACAAGUGACCUGUUAAACACUGUAGAUAUUGAAGUGAUGGAAAAAGGAGGAAUUUUUGGUUACCGUGAUAGAAGAUCGUUUGUAAAUUUUAACAAAUGGAGAAGAAAUGGGAAGAAUGGGAAAAGGAAAGAGGAAGAAUGGAAAGAGAAAAUGGAAGGCAGGGAAGGAAUUUUAUGGCUCGAAGAUAUUUUAUUCGUCGAUUAAAGUUUCGUACGCGCGGCGAGGUAAGAAAAAGAAAGUAUCAUAGCUUCGAGCUAAGAUUUCAAAGGAUUUUUCACCGCAAACACAUAUUUUACUCCGUUGUAUAUCUUUACUUGCUCGUUCGUUUCUUCCGCCAUUUCAUACAUCGCUUCGCGAAAUUUAUACAAGUCGUAAAAACUAUGUCACAGUGCAUAUUCUAAUAACGCAAAAGGACUUCAGUGACUGAUUUCAAUCCCAACUUGAAGUUGAAACUUUGCGAAGUUUGAAAAAUUCUAUUCUUUUGAAACUCGAAAUUAUCGAAACUUAAAAUGCUUAUUUUUUUCUAGUUGUUUUAGUCUUUUUUAAGAAAAAUCUUCUCUAUUAAAAAUUAAAAUUAUAAUUUUUAAAAUUCCUCAAAAUUUAGUUUGUAAAAAAUUAAAUUAAAGUUUAAACAUAUUCAAAUUUUAUGGAUUAUUAGAGAUUAAAUGAAAAUGUUUUUAUAUCGUCACAAAAUUUUUCGCAAAUUUUAAAUUUCAAAAUUAUCAAAAAGUUUCUCGAUUCGAGAAUUUCUUAAGAUUUUCAAGAUUUUCGAUCCAAUAUCCCUUAAACAAACUCUCAAUAUACAAUAAAGUUCUAAAUUGCAAAAUAUCCAAUUUAUAAUUAAAUGUAUUAAAAUUCUAUUUAAACAACGAUUUAAACAAAUUUGUCAUUCGUCUCGCACGAGAAUCCAGCACGAAACGAAAUUUUCUCGUAAAUUUCAUCGUGCACGAGGGUGGAAUAACGAGGAGAAGCGCAACGAAUCGUGAAUAAAUCGGAAAAAGACCAAAGCGAUCGUAAGAAGAUGGGCAAAGGGUGAUAUUUGCGGAUAUAGUGGUAUCGAAUGUUUUCACGUGAGUCUAAUAGAAGACGGCGACGAAGGAAGAAUAAUGGGAAGUUUGCCAAUAUCGAGAGAUUUUUCAUUGGCCGUCAAGCGAAGAUAGCGUUGGGGAUUUUAGCGAGGAGGUCGCGCAUGCGCCUCCACUCUAGUUACUAAAUAUUUGUUGGAUGUAUAGAUAUAUAUCGACCGAUAUAUAGAUAUCCGAUGUUAAUAUAAUCGACGAAAGAGGGCGAGUUCUCCGCUAUGAAUAUCGGCUGUGAGCGCCAUUUAAAAUUGAUGCGAUCGCAUGAAGGGUUGCGCGUCGAUUUAACCGAUUAAAGUUGCAAGACCGAGGGAUUAUGGCUAAUUGAGAAGACUAUUACUCGAAAUGGAAUUUUAUUUCUUGUUUUUAGGAAAAUUUCUUCAUCUUUUUUAUUAUUUUGUCGAAAGAAUAUAAAAUAUAUCGCAAGAUAGUGAUUUUAAGAACGAUGAAAUGUAAAAAUUGUGCGAAAGAAUAACAAGAAUGUUUUAAUCCGUUUAUUUAUAUGAAUAAAUUGAAUAAUCUAUUGAGAAAUCGUUGUGAAAUAGAUAAAAAAUGUGAAGUAUUUUAAAAUCAGAUUCAAGAAGAUAUAUCGGAAAAACUUGUUAAAAAAAUUUAUAUCAAUUCUGAUAUUUUUAUACGCGAAUAUUAUAAACAUUUAUUCCACUCAAAAAUAUUCGCAAUGAUAUUCAUGGAUAAAUCGAUCAAAUCAACGAGAAAAAAAAUCGAAAUACCUAAAUAAAUUAAAAAUAAACUAGAGCGAAUGAACUAGAUCUAAAAAAAAAAAUCACUUGAUUUAUUCAAAGUAUUAUUUAUCACCGACUGUAAUCCCUGGGGCGUAUACAGAAGCAUGCCUCGCAUAUCCGAAAUUAUAAUUUUCGUCUGUUAUUCAUACAUGUACAUAUAUACAUAUAAGUGUACGCGACAAGACGGCGACAGUGACGACGAUGGCGGCAUAAUUUAUGUAAUGGCGCAAACAUCCACGAAACGAACGAUAUCCCUCUAAACGAACAUUCCGCGCAUUACCAUUCUAAACCACGAAAAGUUUGAAUCCGAGCGGAAAGUUUUCGAUUCGAGUGCGCUCGUUAAGCCAAAACGCGAAAAGUUGUUUGGUUUUUCGAAAACAUUUCACCGGUUGUAAACUCGGUACAACCUCGGUAUAAUGACGAUCGAUGGCUAGAGCGCACUGGGAAAGCACACAGGAAAAGUUACGGUGCAAAACGAUUGCUAUUGAUUUUACGGAAAAAAUUUUAAAGCCGAUUUUGAGCUUGUUUGAAAUAUAGGUAAUACGAAAACAUAGGUUUUUAAUAAACCGGGCGAAUUUAGGUAAACUUGCGUCGAAAAUAAAUGCAAUACCUCGUGAAAUUUUCAAAAAAUUCACUUUGUAACACAUUGUUACACGAGCCUCGUUCACUGAUGGAAAAAUAUAAAAGAAAGAUUCGUAAACACGAUGUAUUUUAAUUUAUAUUUUUACUUUGAAAAUAAUGGAGAACGGAAGACUGCAUAUUUAGGUUUAUAAGUCGAUUGAAAUGCGAGAGCUACAAUAAGAAUUUAAUUGUUAUGUAAAAAUAUGCAUAUACCACUGGUAUAUUAAUAAAGAAAAUUGGAGAAUAUCACGAAAGGAAAAAUGUAAAAAGCAUGUGUAAUAUAUUAAUGUCAAGUGCUUUCAUGAUAGAAAUUUCUCGGGGAAUAAGUUUCGAGAAGUGAGCGGGUAAGAUUAAUCGUUGUUUCGGAAUUGUUUGCUAUAUAAAGAGCGGUCGUUAUGCCGCUGAAUUAACCCUUCGAGGACUAUUUGAGCAAAAGAGUGUGUUUUAUCGUCGAUAUUCGGUGUGAAAAUAUAAUUAUGUCGACUGUAAAUUAAUUAUUUCUGAAAAUAUGGUGCGAGUGGUUUGCUCGAGACGGAAAAAUAUCAAAGAAUGCGAAUCAAGGGGAAAUAUAUCUACAAGUUUAUCAAUAUCUGAAGGCAGAUGGCGUGAAAUUGCACUAUAACGAACUUUAAUAAGCGACACGUAUUAACGAGCCGCUUAAACUUCGUUUCACUUUGCUAUAAACUUAGUGGUGCGCGCGAAUUUUCAAAAUCGUGGAAUUCCGUGGAUUGAAUCGGCCGAGCUUAUCCGAAAGUAUCCGAAUGCGACCGAAGAUCACCGAACGAAUUGUUGGCCACUUUUUAUUAAUAACACCAAAAAAUAUUUUUCUUUUUAAUGCAAUCGUUAUUUCGAGAAUUACGUUACGAACAUUUCUCCAUAGUCAAUUUCGAAAUAAUAUCUCAAAGUUUCAUACGUCUAUCAGAGAAUUUUAAAGAAUCUGAAAUUUCUCAAUGGAAAAGAAUCAAAGAGAUUCAAGAUCCAUUCAAAUCAGAACACGAGCUUUUUGGAGAUGCCCCUUUUCACGAUUGCAAUUUCUCGUUUUGCUACCAUUGAAACGAGAAAUGAUAUCGUAGGUAAUGUAAAGAUGUAAACGAGAAAGGGAGAAGUUUCUAUUCCGCAAUCAUCGAUAUCACUCUCCUCUUUGCGUUUCAAUUUUCCUUGACUACGUAUCGAACUUUUAGAUGUAAAUAUCCUUCCAACGACUCAUUUACCAUGUUUAUCAGACUGCCAAUUUUUAAUGCGUCCAUGUUAAAUGAAGUUUUUAUUUAACUCUCCAAUAUUUCUUUUUUUCUCUCUCUCUUUUUCCAGAUAAAAAGUAGAAGUCGGGCGCAUGAUAGGCCACAUGAAUCUGUAAAUAGAUAAAAGAGAAAUCGAAAAACGAGAAGAGAAGGUGCAACGGAAAACGUUGUGCAGAUAGAAGGAAAACGGUUGAGAAGUAUCCAGGUGAACAUUGUAAAAUCGAAGUAAAUUUUCUCGUCGAUCCGCUGUUUUGCCUUUUUUCACGAUAUCAGAUACCGCAGCCGGAAUCCCCUGAAUCUUUCAUAGAUCGUCUUUGUCUGCGAACCGGAAUACGUUUAAAUCGUAAUUCGUUCGACUGAUUUUUUAACGAGAUACGGACCCCCUCGGAGAUACGAAAAAAUACGUAACGUCUUCGCGAAAAAUUUCUCCCUUUGCACCUCUUUGAAACGCCGAUACGUGCGAGGAAUAUUCGAUUGCAUUUGAUAGUAGUUUGGAUUCCUCGUGGAAAAUAUUAAACGAAUGAGGGCGAGGCGAACGAAUCUGCUUCCCCUUUUUCUCUUCAACCCUUCCUCGAUAUAUCGUUUCGACGUCCAUUUUCGAUUCUGCAAACUCUUGUAGCGCGAAAGGGUAACAAAUAAGGGACGAGUUGAAACGUGAUUCUUAGAUUCUCGAAUUUUUCGAAACGUUCGUGAGAAAUAUCCAGAACGAUUAUUUUUUUGCACAAAGAAUAAUAAUUUUUCAAAUUCUCAUAAUCAAUGCAGUAAAACGAUUUAAUUGCAAUAAUUUAUCUUCUCGACGAAAGAUCCAAUUUUUAUACGUUUUUUCUUUUUAUCUGUCUCAAUCAGUUUCGAUGUUUCAAUUGAACUAUCCCUCGUAAUAAGAUUUAAUUUUUUUUUUUUUUUACCAACUAUCAGAGGAAAGAGAAUGCAAAGGAUCAAAGAGACGUGGAUAAAAAUGUGUUUUUUUUUCGAAGGAGGUAUUUCAAUGCGAAUUCGCAAGAGAAAAGAAUAACCCUUGAGUGCGCUUUUUCUUUUCCCUUUUUUCUUUUGUCACGACCAUUCUCUUCUUCUUUUUUCUGGAUUCAUCGUAUUACACGCGUAUUCGUAUUCGACCAACGUUUCGCAAAAAAAAAAAAAAAAAGAAAGAAAGAAA